AUGGAUGUUGUCGGCAGUGAAAUUGGGCAGAAAAUGCGGUCUGCUAUAAAGGCCAAGCUUACAGAAUUGGGAUGUUAUGUUGAUGAUGAACUACCUGACUAUGUCAUGGUUAUGGUUGCUAACAAACGUACACGAGCACAAAUGGAUGAAGACUUGCAGCUGUUCCUCGGAGAUAAUACUGAUUUAUUUGUAAAUUGGCUACAUCAGGUGCUGAAAAAAUUACAGGAAGUAACUGUCACUGCCCCACUAAAAGUCAUAGAAGGUGGUAAAAUUAAAGAAAGGUCACAAUCUAAGGAGAGGAAAGUCAAAGAGAAAAAAGAAAAAAAGAAAAGUGAUAGUUCUAAGAAAUCAAAAAAGAAAGAAAAGGAAAAAUCACAUAAAAAGAAAGAAGAUAGAAAAGCUCACAAGAACAAAAAAAAGAGUAAGCAUCAUGGAAUGAUUCGCCCAAAUGUACCUCCCUUGCUCAUGAAUAUAGAAAAACAGUCUGAGCCAUCAAUAACAGACGUUUUUGCCGGCCAGAUUCUCAAAAACCAUGGUAUUACAUUGGAGGAUGAUAAUAUGUCUCACAAAACUUUGGACGAAAAGUCUUUAAUAAAGGAAAUCAAGCGGCCCAUUCUACCUAUAAUAGAUCCGGCAACAAUAUCGUCUCAGCCAGAAUCACUUGAAGAGCAAAUGAGUACAAGCAUCACAAGUGCAUCAUCAGCUGGAGGUCCAAGAGAUGAACAAAGUAAAGAAAUGAAUGACUCCGAAAUGAAGGUAUGUGGGCAAAAACAGAAAUCAUCUGAGCAAAUUGACUCAAUAUCUGAUGAUGAAGACUUCUUGAAUAUAAGAACUGAAGCUGAAGAACUUAUGAAUGAUUUUGCAGAAGAAUCAUUACCGGAAAUAUCACAUAGUGCUCCAGUAGCUACUCCACCACUUGCUUCGCCAAAUUCUCCACCAUCCCAAUCUUCCCAACAGUCACUAGUGAAAGAAAAAAAUAUCCCCGAAAAGCCCGAAGAAUCCCUACCCCAUAUUGAACUUAAUCUCCCAAAACGGCCCAUUAGAGAGAGACUUGGAGCUCGAGAGGUAUCCAAGGACGCGCAAGUAAUCAGAGAGAAAGAAAAGGUUACAGCAACAAAGCCCGCAGAGAGUCCCGAAAGGUUUACUCCGGAGAGACACCUGGACGUCCAAGUUGCAACUAAGUCGGCAAAAAGUCGCUUAGGCAGCUCUCCCGAGCUACCGACCCAAAGCUCGGGCUCAGAAGAAACCAAUGGAGAUAAAUAUGAUCAUGCAAAGAGCAAGAACUCAAAAGUUUCCGUGCUGGAAAGUAGACCGCAGCGAUCGAGCUGCGCGAGCGUUGUGCGCGUCCGUCCCCGGCCACGUGUCUCUGCGCCCGCCUCCAAUCUACUCCUGAAGGCUGUUGCGGAUGCCCAUAAGAGCCUGCUCAAUGCGCCGCCCAAAGUGGAGUUGGAGAAGCAGAAAGUGAAACGUGCGCUAGUGCUGCCGAUGCGUCGCUGCGUGGACGCGAAGAAUAUCGUCAUCCAAGUGCCGUCGGACGUACGAACCGGUGUCUCCGUCAAAGAAGAUGACAUGGCUACCAGCCAAACAAUUAGUGCACCAAUAAAUAAGGCCGAUUUGAAACAUAUGCAAAUAACGAAAGUCAUUAAAAAUACAGACUACCUACCAAGCAGGGCAGCAGUUAGAAAAGACGAUAAAAUGAUAAUUGAAACAAUUAACAUCCACAACCCAACAGUUGAUAAGGACAGGGACACACAAUUCAUCGUCACUAUGGAUGGCUACCUUCCAAAUGCGUUCCUAGCGAAGAAACUGAUGAUGGAAGGACUACUUGAUGAUGAGGACAUUGAUAAAAAUCAGCUCAUCAGGCCUCCCAAAAGUGUCCUAAGAGCAACUGACAAGAGAGAAAUAGAAAAAGCGAAAGUGGCUGAACAGCCUAAAGUCAAAGGAGAUCAACCAAGUACACAAAUCACACAUAAGGUCCAAGAUGAAGAAUCAGAAGAAAGUAGCGACACCCUAAAGAAAGAUUCAAGUGAUUUGAAGAAAUCAACAGAUACUUGCAAGACACAGAAGAGAAAACUAAGUGACUCUACUGAGAAGACAAACCCUGUCGUUACAUGUCCUAUUGAGAAGAAAAGAUUAAGUGACUCAAGUGAUAUUCAGAUGAAGAGACUUAGUGAUGCAAGUGAAGAGAGUGACACUCAAGUUAUAAUAAAGCAGGAGCCUCCUCUCUGUGGAGAGAAGAGAAAAGGUGCGGGUGCUGUCAGUGAGAGUGAGAAUUCUGAGAAGGCUUUGGAUGUUCCACCUGUGAAAAAGAGAAAAGCAUCCCCAAUCGUAUUUGAUGCUGAUAAAGUAGAAAAAGAAGCUGAUAGAUCGAGAGAGAGAACACAGAGUGCCAGUAGCGACAGUCAUGUUAUAGUCACCACAGCAACUAAUUCCCACAAAUAUGACACAUUGCCCCCAUUGAGCCAGGCGGAGAAGAGGCUGGUGUGGUGCCGCUCGUUCCCGCUGUGCCGCUACGGGGCGGCGUGCGCGUUCGCCCACCCGAGGUGCAAGUUCGCCGCCGCGUGCACGCGCCGCGGCUGCGUCUACGCGCACGACCCCCCCGCCGCCGGCGCGCCUCCCCCCGCCACGGGCCCCGCGCUCUCGUCCCACGUGGUGCCAGCUGCCAACUACAAAACUAUCUGCGCGGCAGGCGUGGCCAAUAUGUGCAAGUUCUACCCGAACUGCGUGAAUCCCGCCUGCCACUUUUACCACCCCAAGCCGUGCAGAUACGGCAAGGCGUGCGUCAACAAGCUCGAGUGCAACUUCUACCACAACGACGUGCCCUCGGGCAAGUGGAAGCAUCCCGUG